CAGAUGAGCGAUGUCGAGCAAGGAGGGGGUACCGUAUUCACCGCCAUCAAUAUAUCGCUUUGGCCGAGGAAAGGUAGCGCAGCGUUUUGGUAUAAUCUUAAGCCUAACGGCGAGGGAGAUUUCAAAACCAGACACGCGGCUUGUCCAGUACUUACGGGAUCUAAAUGGGUGGCAAACAAAUGGCUGCAUGAAAGAGGUCAAGAAUUUCAUAGACCUUGCACACUGGAAAAUCAAGCGACGGAUGAAGUGGACGUCAGGCACUGAAGAAAAGGACGUCCUUCGACUGUAACAGAAAAUACG